CAGCUGUCAAUUGUCUCUCGGUCGUCCACACGUGCGUACACGUCUGGAUGAAAAGGCGCAACCAACAGCAGCACGAGUAGUAGCAGUAAGAUCGGUUGCCUAGUUCGACCUGGAGCAGUUAGUUUUUUCGAUUCCGCGUGUGUCGGUGUGUCGGGUGGUGGUGGUCAGUUGAAACCGAGCGGACGCCAAGAAGCCCUCGUGUCGUGAUAGUGAAACAUACGAACCACAGUGGCCGCACAGUUCUUUUCGCAGUGGUAGCAUUAGCAAAUAAUUUCGGAUCCUUGCUUACGGCUCAAAAAUGCCUGCAGAAAAGCGCUCUAGUCAACCGCGGAUCGUACGGACGUACGAGUUUCCAACGAAACCCGAAAAGCAGACGCUCGGCCAGUAUCUCUACAACUCGCAGGAUGGCAAAAUUCUUGGCCGCACGUCCAAAGGCUGGGCUCAGCUACUGUUCUUCUAUGCCUGCUUCUACACCGUUCUGGCGGCACUGUUCGCCAUCUGUAUGCAGGGACUGCUGGUCACGCUGAACCAUCAAUACCCGAAGUGGCAGCUGGAUGAGUCGCGCAUCGGUACCAACCCUGGCGUGAGCUAUCGCCCUCAACCGGUAGAAGCGGAAGGCAUCAAUAGCAUCCAGUAUGUGGCGGCCAACAAAUCGGACGUUGCGGUGUGGGUCAACAUGCUCAACGAUUUUCUGGCACCGUACGCGGAUCAUACAUUGCUGCCCGGAGGUGGCAAGAAUCAGGUGAUCUGUGACUUCAACACUCCACCAACGGCCGGCAACGUGUGUGCCUUCGAUGUGAAGAACCUUGGCCCGUGUUCGGCAGCGGUAGGAUACAGCUACAACCGAUCGGCGCCUUGCAUUUUCAUCAAGCUCAACAGAAUUUAUGGCUGGCAGCCCGAGUUCUAUGAAGACGUCGACGAUCUGCCCACCGACAUGCCCGACGAUCUGGCGUCUCACAUUCGUUCGCUGCCUGCUCCGGACCGGCGCCAGGUGUGGGUGACGUGCAAGGAACUUACCGCCACUGACGAAAACCAGCUCGGACCGAUCGAAUACCUGCCGAGCCAAGGUUUCCCAGCGUACUACUACCCAUACAUGAACAUCGACGGCUAUCUGAGCCCACUCGUCGCCGUACAUCUUGCCCGACCGAAGCCGAAAACGACCAUCAGCAUCGAGUGCCGUGCCUGGGCGAAAAACAUUAUCUACCGCGGGGGUAGUCGCGAUCGGGCCGGGUCGGUGCAGCUAUUCCUGCGUAUUGAUUAGAUAGCGCUGCGGCUGAUUCCCACCGACCAAUGUGACAAUGUCUAAUUGUUGUUUCAUUUUUUUACGUUUUGCGGUUGAUCCGUUUUGCUGAACGCAGCGACACUAGGGGACGAGAAUUCAUUAGAAUCAAAUUACAUCGCAGCCAGACGCCCGCCCGAUCAUCCUUCCACAACGCACGUGUGCUAUGAAGAGUUUACUUAAACGUUUUAGUGAAGUGAGAAAAUAAAAGUAAAUUAUGGUAAA